GUUUCUGAUUUGUGAUGUGACAUUUUCGUAAUUGCGUUGAUAGUAGUGACAAGUGAAAUCGAAGGACUUUUGUGAUAAAUAUUGGAAAAAACUCAAAAUGUCCUUUUUUGGGGUAGGAAAUCCUUUUGCUACGCCGGUUGGGCAAAAAAUAGAACAAGCAACUGAUGGCUCCCUACCGUCAGAAAAUUGGGCCCUAAAUAUGGAAAUAUGUGAUAUAGUUAACAGUAGUGCUGAUGGACCAAAAGAUGCAAUUAAAGCCAUUAGAAAAAGACUGACCCAAAGUGCUGGAAGAAACUAUACUGUGGUCAUGUAUACUCUGACUGUACUAGAAACUUGUGUGAAAAAUUGUGGAAAAUCUUUUCAUGUUUUAGUAUGCAACAAGGAAUUUAUUUCGGACUUGGUAAAACUUAUUGGACCUAAAAACGAUCCUCCGACGGUAGUGCAAGAAAAGGUAUUGAGCCUUAUUCAGUGUUGGGCAGAUGCUUUCCAGAAUCAACCAGAAUUACAGGGUGUUGGACAAAUUUACAAUGAACUCCGCUCCAAAGGUGUGGAGUUCCCGAUGACAGAUCUGGAUGCGAUGGCACCUAUUUUCACGCCACAAAGGAGUGUUCCUGACGGCGCAGAACAACCAGUGGGGUCUCCACAGCGCACCGCCACGUUGCCGCACUCGCCCACCAGACAGCUGCAAGAAAACAAUAUGGCCACGGUGACAUUGUCUGAGAGUCAGAUGAGCAAGCUGCGCGGGGACCUGUCGGUGGUGGAGGGCAACCUGACAGUGAUGGGCGACAUGCUGAACGAGCUGACCGCGCAGCCGCCCCACCAGCAACACGACAGCGAUGUUGAAUUGCUUAACGAGCUGGCGGAGACGAUGCGCGCGAUGCAGCAGCGGCUGGUGGAGCUGGUGGCGCGCCUCGCCGGGGAGAGCCCUCUCACCGCUGACCUGCUGCUCGCCAACGACCGCCUCAACAACCUGCUGCUGCGCCACUCCCGCUUCAUCAACAACAGAAACGCGGCCAAGGGAGGUGCAACACCGUCCGCCAUUUUGGGCGCGGCCAUGGGGGUACCUGCUUCUGAUGCACCAAAGACAGGAGAUGAUGACGCGCUUAUUGACCUAAGCGAUGACGUGCCCGAUGUUAGCAAACUGAGUGUGAAGGAGAUGUCAGCGGAGAAGUCGCCCGCCAGCUCCAAGGACGAGUUCGAUAUGUUCGCUCAGUCGCGCAAUGUUACAUACGAGAAUACUAAAACUGGAGGCAGCAGUUACGCGGACAAUGUGGAGCAGCAGGCGAGCGGCCUCGCCUCCGCCGCCACGCAGCGCGCCGCCCACACCGCCCUCACCAACAACACCACCAACACCACCCUCCCCUCAGGGAUGGAUCAGCGAGAGAUCGAUGAGAUAUCCGCCUGGCUCGCGCAGGAGAAGGCGGCUUCCGAAGCCAACGGUGGUCAGGAGAGUGUGACCAGCAGUGACUUCGACAAGUUCCUGGCGGAGCGCGCGGCCGCCGCCGACAGCCUGCCCAGCAUCGACCCCCAGGACCCCCCGCACCCACCACAACAGACCCCCCGCCACAGGCAGAUCAACAAGGAACAGGAGGACACCAUGUUCGCGCUCUGAUCUGCUUCUUGAUACCUUUACCGCUUUCUAUGGUAAAUAUCGUUUGUUCUUGUUCAUUGCUUUUGCUGAUAUUAAAAAGAUGAUAAUAUAAGCAAUCGUCUAGAUGCCACACAUUCGUGUCGCGGACCCGCAGUUACCUCGUGUGACAUCACUCUUAUAUUCGAUUUCUCAAUUUACGGUUAUUUGGUAAUUACCAG